AUGGUGGCAUUUGAGGCUGGCGAGCUUGAGCGAGCACGGGAGGUGCAAGCCGUCCUGGCCGAAGCGGACUGGGUCGCGAUUAAGGGCGGAUUCGUAGCUGUGAAGGUCGGGCUCAAUGAGCAGUAUGGUUACGGAGGACAGCCAAGGUCGCCGUGUGCAAUGCCUGAGGCAGACGUGCAGUCGGACAUGAUGGCUGGCCUCUCUCGACUCUUCGAGCUUGAGCGCGAGUUUCAGAAGCUUUAG